UCGAUGGAGACAUUUUAAAACAAACAGAGAGCUACGAGCUAACAGCGAGCUGGCUGCGCCCAGACACGCACUGACAUUAUUCCAGUUUUUAAAGCAGUCAAAGGAGGUUUUACAGUUAUAUUGUGUCGUAUAAAGCAGAUUUUAGAGAUUUUAGAGAUUUUAGAAACUACGGAAGAUGUGGGAAAGUGCGACGGUGGGACAGGAACAUUGAGGCUGCGCAUGAAGAUGGCUGAUUCAGAGAAGGCAGAGGAAUUUCUGGAUGCUGAAUGUCCCACAGAGUGCCUUGAUGAACCUCAAUCAGCCACAGCUUCUGUUCAAGGAGAGGGAGAUGAGCAUCUGAAAACGGAGUCCACCAGUACCAGUUCCCCUCCGAGAGAAAAGGAAGGAGAUAGCCCUAUCAAUACUGAGGGGGAGCAGAGUCUCCUCUCCAUGCCAUGCUUGAUGAAAGAGCUCCACAGAGACUCCCCAGAGUCCCAGCAAGCAUUGGCAGGGAGCGACAAGCCAAAGUCAUGUCAUAUUUAUGAGAGUGACUCCUCGAAUCCAUGCAUGCUCUCCCCUUCAUCCAGCGGCAACCUAGCUGACUCAGACACCCUUUCCUCGGGAGAGGAAUGUGCUGCUGCUCCUAUAGAAGGAGAGGAAGAGGGCAGCAUGGAAGCUGCUAAAGAUCCUGGUCAAGAAUCAAGACAACAAACUUCUGCCACAGCUUCAGGUGGAAGGAAGUCUCGGCGGUCACGUUCAGAGAGUGAAAUGCCUCCCAAUGCAAUGGCUGCAAAGAAGAAUCGCUGCCAGCCAACAGCGGUAGCCGCCGCAGGGCAGGAAAAGCAAACCAAUGGCAAGUUGGCAAAAGUGAAAGGUCACCGGAGCCAGAAACACAAGGAGCGUAUGCGCCUGCUGAGGCAGAAAAGAGAGGCAGCAGCACGGAAGAAAUAUAACCUGCUGCAGGACAGCAGUACCAGUGAUAGUGAGCUCACGUGUGACUCCAGCACCAGCUCUUCUGAUGAUGAGGAUGAUGACACUUCUGGGGGCAGCAAGACAAUCAAGACAGAUAUUCCAGACGGGCCUCCGGUAGUGGGCCACUAUGAUAUUUCAGACACUGAUUCUAACCAGGAGAGUGUGAGUGCGGAGACAGUCCAGCCCACGGUGAUAAGGCAUGAGCUAAAAACACACAGAAGCCAGGAUAUGACAGCUCACUCUGGGUGUAUAAAAGCUCUGAGCUCUAUCGCAGGCCAUGUGGAGUUUGAGCUGUCGCACAAGGAGAACGCUCAGUACAAAGGCCUGAUUAACAUCACUUCCUCCGACAGUGAGGUGGAAAUAGUCGGGGUCCAAGAGAAAACACGAUCUGCCCAUCCAUGCGGAGGGGUGAUUAAGAGUUUGUCUUCCUGGAAGGAGAACUCGGUGGAGCAGUUCAACAGCACAAAUCCAUCCCAGCUCUGGACUACUGUUUCUCCUCAGCACAACUGGGUGUCCCCUCCCGAAGUGGUCGACCUCACGCUGGACGAGGACACUGGCCACAAAAAUCUACUUUAAACGACUUGUACACUGAAGACUGCACAUUUCCCUUCCUUUGAACCCUCUUUGCCCACCAGAGUUUAGGCUGAAAUCCUCUGUAAAGUAGCAGCCUCACCUGUAACCGCUUGUUUACUCUUCCUGCUCCAGAGCAAAUUUUUAUUCAAACUUUCCGUUGAACAAUCGUAUAUCUAAGCCAUUCUACUGAUGCGAUUCCUGGAUUUUUGGCUCACGAGCUAUACAUUUAGCUGUAAUGACGUCAAGUGCAGGCAGAAAUGUUUUUCGAGAGUGAUUUAUCUGUUAAUAUUAGCAAUAAACGUUUUGUUUUGUUUUGCAUACCUCAGUCACUCCUCAGUAACUGAUGUAGGUGGUCAUUUUCUGUUUCACAAGUUGGAUAUCUAGAAAAGCUUCAAUAGAAAACAAAUGGACUUCUUGGUUCUUAAAGAAGCUUCACCACCCCGAAAGCUUUCUUCAGGUGUGACUGAUGGGAGUUUCAGGUUUUUAAACUGUUAUCGUAAAUCACUAACCCAUGAGUCGCAAUAGUGAAUGACCUAACAGCAGUUUUAUAAGCCCGUUGCUCCCAAUUUACUUAAAAAGCAUUUCAGAUCAGAGGUGAAAUGCCUUAAAGAACAAGAAAAGUUCAGUAGGCUUCUAUUCAAGCUUUUUAGGAUUACCAUGACUUGGAUGACUGAAAAUGUGCACCAGCACACGUUGUCCAACAUCACAUUGUAUGGAGCCAAAUCAGGGCCAAAAGUUUUGCUAAUUUGAAAAUAAAAUUUGAACCUGAAAUUUUUUUUUUACAGUUUCAGUUUUAUUUUUUUCAGUAUCAGAUCUUUUUAUUUCAGUUUCAAAUCUUUUUAUUUCAGUUUCAAAUCUUUUUUUCAGUUUCAAAUCUUUUUUUUUCAGUUUCACGUCUUUUUUUUUCAGUUUCACAUCUUUUUUUUUCAGUUUCACUUCUUUUUUUUUCAGUUACAAAUUUUUUUUUUCAGGUUCAGACUUUUGGCCCGGAUCUGGCGUGGGGGGCGUCUUUCAAAAAGAUGUGAAACUGAAAAAAAAAGACGUGAAACUGAAAAAAAAAGAUUUGAAACUGAAAAAAAAAGACGUGAAACUGAAAAAAAAAAGAUUUGUAACUGAAAAAAAGAUUUGAAACUGAAAUAAAAAGAUCUGAUACUGAAAAAAAUAAAACUGAAACUGUAAAAAAAAAAUUUCAGGUUCAAAUUUUAUUUUCAAAUUAGCAAAACUUUUGGCCCUGAUUUGGCUCCAUAACAUUGCUCCUUAAGAGCAGGUCAGUAACACAACAGGGCUGUUGACUUAAUUCACUACAGGCUUUGAAUAAGCUUUUAGUCUGGAUUUUGGAUUUUCACUGACGUUCAAAGAUGAGCUACACCUCAAAGACUUGCCAUUAUUCAGUAGACUGUAGGUGGAUGGCAAAGUUAAUUUUGUUCCUCUUGAGGAUCAGUCAAUAAAGGUCUCUGCACUGGAUGUAUAUUUAAAUCAGUCCGCAUUCAUGGCUUGCUUUACACAAUGUCCAACAUAGGUACAACUUAAGCUCUGAUGCUUUCAGAGAUUGGUUUAGUUUAUUUUAAGGAAAUACAAAAGACAUUUGGGGAAAUUAUAUCACGUUUCACUCACAAUGAGAGAGAUUAUAAGCUCCUUGGACACUCGGUAAUCAAUUUAUUGUAUUUCAUCAUGAACAAAACAUCUAAAAUUUUGAGAAUUGUGUGCUUCAUUGUUUUUAGAACGGGCACAAAACUUACUUAAGUCACCCUCCUAUUAAAUAGCACUACACAGACGGGUUUAGCUCAUUUGGAUGCAUGUUGUCGUCUCUGAAAUUACACACAUGAGAUUCAGCUUGGUGGAGAUGCACACCUUUCCCCAAAUGUAUUUUACUUUACUGUUGUACUGUUACCUCUAUUAUAUCUUUUUUUUUUCUAAAAAAGAAACAGAAAACCACUCUUUAAAGCCCAAAUCUCUGGGAAAAACACAAAAUAAAAAAGUAGUUUAUUUCAAGCGUGUGCACUCCAAGUGGUGCAUUGGCAAAGUAGCGGUAUCUUCAUUCGACACGUUUUUUGUCCCAGAGUCCCAGGUGACUUGGUUAUCAGUGAAUGUAUGACAUUUCAGUUCUGACCGAGUGUAUUUACUGUUUGUAUGCUUAUCUUGAAUAGGUGCAAACUCUUUCGAAACUCUGGGGACCUCUUUCUAAUAACUUGAAGAAAUGUAUCUUCCGUUGAAUACUGCAAAGUAAAAUGGCCUGAAUGCCUUGAAAAGUGCACUAUUUUCUUUUAGAGCAGUUUAAACCAUAUUCUUUUACCUUUAAAAAAAACAAAAAACAAAAAAAAAAAGAAUUUGCAGUCUCAGAUAUUUUAAUAAUGGAUGUGAAUCAAGCACACAGAAGAGUAAGAGUGGCCUGGAGUUUGUGCUAGUGUGUGGGGCAUUGUGAGACAUACUGUAUGCGCUGUUUCUCCCCUGAUCGGACCCUCAGGGCCUGCUCGCUUCCUCCCUGCAGUCCUGUUUUUGUCCUCAUGCAGUACUGCAGCCAAGCUGGUAAAUUUUUAUAAGAAAGCAAAUUUUACACACUAUUUUUAAUUUCCUCUUUACAUAUUAAAUAACGUUUACUUUCCUAAGCGAUGCUUGGGAAUGAUAGAUUAUUAUAUUAACAUCUGCUGGUCACAAAAAGGGAAAACGUCUAAAUAUAAGAAACUAAACCAAAGUCUAAGUGGAGAUUUAUGGGUUAUGUUUUUGUUUUUUGGUUUGUUUCAUAGAGUUUUAUAGGUUUAAAACCUUCUAAUUUUGAAGUCAGUGCUUUUUUUCUUUUUUUUCUUUUUUGGUGAAAAGUUAUAACAUGAAAUACAUAAAAAUUCAAUAUAUUAGUAUGUUUUUGUUUUUUAUUUGGCCAGUUCUUGAUACUGUUGGCAGCUGCUGCCGUGAUAAUGUCUGACCAGAUCACUUCUGCUUGCAAAAUCGGUUCUGCUUUUGUCCGUGGGAUUAUUUGAGAACAUUGUUGAGACAUUGCUCACGUCUUUACUACUAGAGGUGUGAUAGAAACAGGGCAGUCGUGCACGUUUAACGGCAUCUUUUAACCUCCGAGUUCCCCUCAUUACCGCUAAUCCAGCCUCGCUGAUUGUUGUUUUUGUUUUGUUUUGUUUUUUUUUUUUUUUUUUUUUUUAUUCUGGUUUACUAUCAGUAUUUUAAAUUAACGAGAAAUGUUUAUUUUGUUGCUUCUGCAAGUCCCUGACCUCCUUGAAAUUAAGUCUGUAGAACAAAAAAAAGAAACUAUUUUAAAACUAAAUAAAUAGUCUUAUUUAAGGA